GAAGACCAUGAUGCCAGGGAAGACCAUGUUGCCAGGGGAAGGCAUGUUGCCAGGGAAAGGCAUGUUGCCAGGGAAAGGCAUGAUGACAGGGAAAGGCAUGAUGCCACUAAAUGCAAAGGCACUACAGGAUGAAGACUCAGACGCAGACAUCGAUUCUUCAGAAGAUGGUGAGCCACAAGAAGAUGAAGAAAGUGCUGUACCAGACAAAGGUGAUUUCAAGAUAGAAUCCUCUCCUUGCUAUCUACUGACCGUAAGGAUCAUCCGGAUGAGAAAUCUCCAGCGAGUGGACGCCUUAAGCGAGGCUGAUUGCUACGUGUCAUUGUGGCUGCCGACUGCGACAUGUGAAAGGUCCCGCACUAAAACUGUGAGAAACUCCAACAAUCCGGUGUGGAACGAAACCUUCUACUUCAGGAUCCAGAGUCAGGUCAAGAACGUGCUGGAGCUGACAGUGUAUGAUGAGGAUUUUGCUACUCCAGAUGACCAUCUCCUCUGUGCCAUCUUUGAUACUGCUAAACUUCCGAUUGACAGAACAGUGCUCCUGUACUUUAAGCCCAGCCCAAAGGCCAAGGAGGAGCUAGAGGUUGAAUUCAAAUUGGAAGCUGCUUCUGGUCCUCAUGAAGUUAUUGCUACCAACGGAGUCCUGGUGUGUCGUGAACUUUGCUGCUUGGAAGUUGAAGUGGCGGAGAAGAAGCAGCAAAAAUCAAAGAAAGAGCUUUCCCUCACUGUGAAGGGCUCCUUCGAGGGGACACAGGAUAUCACACUGGGCCCUGACGGAGUGGCCAGCCCAUCAGGUCCCACAAAGUUCCACUAUAUCAAGUACGCGGAGCCAACGCUGGACGUCAUGUUGCCAAAGAAGAGGCGCUACCACCCUUGGACCUGUAAGUACAGUACAGAGACAGGCUCCCCAGUGGUGAUGCUGAAUUCGCUGACCAUGGGAAGGAAAACGACCAUUGCAGAGGAGAAAAGAUUUGACUUGAAUGUGACAGCACAAAACUGUAAUUGUUCAUGCCACCAAGACCUGGACAUGCGCUUUGGGUUUGACUUAUGUUCAGAGGAGAUGACGUUCCUGGGGAAAAGAAAGAGAUAUGUAGCAAGUGCCCUGAAAAAUGUUUUUCACCUGCAACAGGAUCUGCAGGAUCAUGAAGUCCCCGUGGUGGCUAUCAUCACAACAGGUGGAGGACUGAAGUCAAUGACAGGACUAUACGGCAGCCUCAUGGGACUCAAGAAAUUAAAUCUCCUGGACUGUGUAACAUACAUCAGUGGGUUGUCCGGCACCACAUGGACCAUGGCCAAUUUAUACAGAGAUGCCUACUGGUCGCAGAAGGACCUAGACUCGCAUAUUGGCGAAGCCCAGAAACAAGCAACCAAAUGCAAGAUGGGCUGUUUCUCUAUGGAUCGCAUGAAGUACUACAAUAAGCAGCUUUGUCAGCGGAAAGAAGAGGGAUACAGGACAUCAUUUAUAGAUCUCUGGGGGCUCAUGAUUGAGUACUUACUUAAUGAUGGGAAAGACUCCCACAAACUUUCGGACCAGCAAGAAGCACUGUGUGAUGGCCAGAACCCACUGCCCAUCUAUGUGUCGGUUUGUGUCCGGGACAACUACAGCACCAAUGAUUUCAAAGAGUGGGUGGAGUUCACUCCCUACGAGGUGGGACUGCUGAAGUACGGCACGUUCGUUCGCACAGAGCAUUUCGGAAGCGAGUUCUUCAUGGGACGCUUGCUAAAAAAGCUCCCCGAAUCCCGGAUCUGCUACCUUCAAGGUAUGUGGAGCAGUAUAUUUUCUGUGAACCUCUUACAAAUAUGGGGACUGUCCCACAGUUCAGAGGACUUCUGGAAGAGAUGGACACAAGACAGAAUAGAAGAAGUUGAUGAAGACCCGGUAUUGCCUACAAGACCCCACGAGCUGAGAACUCGCAUGUACACUCCUCCUGGCCCUCUGUCCAGUGCCCUUCGGGGAGCGUUGACUGACCGCUUCUCUGUUGCCCAGCACCACAAUUUCCUGAAGGGCUACCAGCUGCACAACAACUACCUGGAGAAUGAGCACUUCUGUCGAUGGAAAGACACUGUGUUAGACUCACGUCCCAACCAGCUGAUACAAAAUCCCGAUCAACUGGGCAUGAUAGACGCUGGAUUUUUCAUCAAUACCAGCAGUGCACCACUUUUAAGGCCACAGAGGGAAGUGGAUGUCAUCAUAUAUUUAAGUUAUACUACUGGGUCACAUACAUCGUCUCUAGAUAAAGCGUGCAAAUACUACUCAGAGCAGAAAAUCCCAUUCCCCAAAAUUUCUUUGACUGAUGAAGAUAAGAAAAAUCUGAAAGAGUGCUACGUCUUCCAAGAUUCAGAUUUGCCAGGAUGUCCAAUCGUGAUUUUUCUUCCCCUUGUGAAUGAUACCUUCCGGGAGUACAAAGCACCUGGUGUCAAGCGCUGCUGCUCAGAGAUGGAGGGAGGACAACUUGAUUUGACCAGUCGCUUUUCCCCCUACUGCAUGUUCUCAGUCAGGUAUACUGAUGAGAAUUACCGGCGGCUGCUGAACCUCAGUGAAUACAACAUCCUGAACAACUCGCAGAUGAUUAUGCAGGCCUUGCAGAUAGCGAUGCAAAGGAGAAGGCAAAACAUUUUCACUAGUCUUAAUCAGAAAUACGGUGCUAUGUGGUCUGCAUAUCAUCCUGGGAAUUGCCUCCAUUUGAACCUGAAAUCCCUGAUAACAUUGGACAUAUACGUGACAGCGACCACAAUGGAGCAAGAUGGCAUUUUGUCUCAGGAGCUGAUCACUCAAACCGAUCGGCUAGGAGAAGCAAUUAUGUGGCUGAAUCCUGAUGGGGAACAGCAGACUCCUGUUACAAAGAUAGAAUCAUCUCUGUGUUACUUACUGACUAUAAGAGUCAUAAGAGCAAGAAAUAUCCACCAAGCAGAUGUCUUAAGCCAGACUGAUUGCUAUGUGAGCCUGUGGCUGCCUACUGCUUCAACUGACAAAUUUCAGACUAAAACCAUCAAGAACUGCAAAGAUCCAGUUUGGAACGAAACCUUCUACUUCAGGAUCCAGAGUCAGGUCAAGAACGUGCUGGAGCUGGCGCUCUAUGAUAAGGACGUGGUUACUCAAGAUGACCACCUCUUCACGGUGUACUUCGAUAUAGCCAAACUUUCCCUGGGAGAGCAAGUCUUCAUGCACUUCAAGUGCGAUUCACAGAGACAAGAGGAGCUUGAGGUGGGAUUUGCAUUGGAUAAUAUUUCAGGCCCUCCUGAAACCAUCAUUACUAAUGGAGUACUAGUGUCUCGCAAAAUCUGUUGCUUGGAAGUCCAGGUGGUUGGAAAGAAGACGAAGAAGAAAAAGAAGAAAUCUUUACCAAAGAAAGAAUUCUCCUUUAAAGUGCAAGGCUCUUAUGAGGGCACCCAAGACAUUAUGCUGGGAUCUGACCUGGCCUUCAGCUCCUCCUCUCCUGCCAAAUUCCACUAUGCCAGAUACAAGCAGCCAACGCUGGAUGUUACGCUACCAGGGAAGAAACGACCUCCCUCCUUUCGCUCCCAUGUGUUUGAUACAGGCUCUCCAAACAUGGAACUUCAUUCCUUUCCAAGUGGAAAAAACACAGUCUUAGCAGAGGAUAAACGAUUUGAUUUAUAUGUGAAGGCAGAAGACUGCCCAGACCAUCUUGAUGUGCGUUUAGGGUUUGACCUCUGUGUGCAGGAGCAAGACUUUCUAUGCAAAAGGCAGAAGUAUGUCGCUCCUGCCUUGAAGAAGGUCCUGCAGCUGGAACAGGAUCUGCUGGACCACGAGACCCCAGUGGUGGCCAUCAUGACUACGGGAGGAGGGAUGAGAUCUUUGACCGCGCUGUAUGGCAGUCUGCGGGGGCUCAAGAAACUCAAUGUCUUGGACUGUGCCACAUACCUGACUGGCUUGUCUGGUACCACAUGGACUAUGUCAAACUUGUACAGGGAUGCUGACUGGUCACAAAAGGAUCUCGACGAGCAAAUCAGUGAGGCUCGAAAACACAUGACAAAAUGCAAAAUAAAUUCCCUUUCCUUGGAAUAUCUGAAGUACUACAAAAAGCAGCUAUGUCAACGGAAAAGAGAGGGCCGCAAAACAUCUUUUAUAGAUCUCUGGGGACUUGUCCUGGAAUCUUUGUUACAUGAUGGGAAAGACAACCAUAGACUCUCUGAUCAGCAACGGGCCAUUGAUCGUGGUCAGAACCCAUUGCCUAUCUAUACUGCAGUCAACGUCAAGAACAACUAUAGCACUCUGGAUUUCAAAGAAUGGGUGGAGUUCACCCCCUAUGAGGUGGGAUUGCAAAAAUAUGGAGCUUUUGUUCGUGCUGAGGAUUUUGGCAGCGAGUUCUUCAUGGGUCGGUUGAUGAAGAAGGUCCCUGAAUCCAGGAUCUGCUUCUUAGAAGGCAUGUGGAGUAGUUUAUUUUCACUGAAUGUGUUAUAUAUCUGGAAUUUGUCCCAUUCAUCAGAAGAUUUCUGGCACAGGUGGACCCGUGAUAAAAUUGACAAUAUAGACGAGGAACCCCUCCUAUCGCUGAAGCCGCACGAGCUCAGGACUCGCCUGUUCACCCCUCCUGGCCCCCUGGGCAGUGCUCUUCGCGGUGCUCUCACCGACCGCCUCAGUGUCGCCCAGGAGCACAACUUCCUAAAGGGUUUCCAGAUGCAUAAUGACUACCUGGAGAACAAACACUUCUGCAGAUGGAAAGAUACUGUGUUAGACACAUUUCCCAACCAGCUGACACAAUCAGAGGAAUUCCUGUCUCUGGUAGAUACGGGAUUUUUCAUCAAUACAAGCAUCAUGCCACUUUUAAAACCAGAGAGAAAGGUGGAUGUCAUCCUGCAUUUAAAUUACAGUGCAGGAUCCCAGAUACAGGCUCUGGACCAGACCUGCAAGUACUGCUCAGAGCAGGGAAUCCUUUUUCCCAGAGUGGACUUGAGUGAAGAAGACAGGAAAAACCUGAAGGAAUGUUACCUCUUUGAUGGAGCUGAGACUCCAGGAGCACCAGUACUGCUAUUUUUCCCACUAAUUAAUGAUACCUUCCAAAAAUACAAAGCACCAGGUCAGAAGCGCUCAGAGUCAGAGAUGGAAGAUGGCAAAGUUGAUCUUUACGGCUCCUGUUCCCCUUAUUCAACAUAUUCAGUCCAAUACACUGAGAAGGCAUAUGACCGUCUGGUUCAGCUGGGAGAAUACAACAUCCUGAAUAAUGAGGACCUUAUUAUGCAGGCCUUGCACACAGCAGUGGCACGGAAAACACAGAAAAGGAAAUAA